UUACAAAACUUCUAUAUCUAGUUUUCCAUCUUAUAUUACUACACACGAUUGGCUUUGAGCAGUCAAUUUAAAACUGCUCAAAGGUUUGUAACUUGAAGAAUCAUAUUUUGGACAAAAUUAUUGAGCAUUGAGCAAUGGGACAUUCUAUAUCGGCUUUGAUCAUUACUUGCUUGUGUAUUAUUUGCUUUGUUCAUGCAGAGCCAAAUCAAUUGACAAGCCAAGAGCAGGAAAAUGUGUCGAUAAUCUUGAAAUCAUCAUCACCAUUGAAGCAAAAUCAAUUUAAGAAAACCACUAACAAGAUAAAAUAUAAUGAUCGUCGGUUUGCUUUUUUGAUGAAACCGCCGUUGCCACUGUCAAGACCGCACUACACUGCAACCGAGUUCUAUGUGAAAAGGCUAUUGAAUGCAACAAAAUAUGAUGCAUCUGUAGCAUUUGCAUUGGAUGCAUUUUCCGAAUAUCGAAUUGGGGUACUUGCUUGGAUGUAUGGAAUCAGAGAAUCCAGUUUGGACAUGUGCAAAAAAUCAAAGAAAGCACCAGUGAUGGUUCUAUCAACUGUGGUCUAUAGUGUUUUCAAUAAAAUCCAAGAUAGGCUGGAUCGAAUUCAUGAGAGAACGAUGAAAACUUUCGAAAUUAGUUCGAAGCGAUUAUUCACAGGCCGAAGAAUGAGUGUGAAACAGGUGAAUCAAAAGGCUCAACAAAUGCUGAUUCAAUUGAAGAGAAGAUUACAGCAAUAUGAAACAACAAUUCGCAAAACCAAAGGCAUCUUACGAUCGGCCUUAUCUUUUCUUUGAAUAAAAACAAUAAUUUUUUUUUUGCUUCCAUUUUAACCAGUCUCAUAUAAAAACAAAUGUCGGUGUACACGUCCAUUUAACGUUAAAGAUAAGCGUCACGUUAUUUUUUGUUAAAAAAUUGUUGUCGAAUAAAAAACACACGAUGUAAAUAA